AUGGUUCAAUCUAUCAACACCAAGGCUCUCCUGACUAUGGCGUCGGUACUUCGGAGACCGGGGUUGAUGGUUCCUCAGCUCUCGGUAGCAACGGUGUCACAGAUGAAUUUUACUGCUCUGAAGGAUCACGGAAUUGCUGCCGUAAUGUUCGAUAAAGACAACACUUUAACUUCCCCAUAUGAAAAUGAAAUACAUCCUCUCGCAGCCCAGGGCAUCGACGAAGCCUUGCGAGUUUUUGGACGAGAUCGAGUCGCAAUUUUAAGCAACAGCGCUGGAACCAAAGAUGACGUCGAUUACACCGAUGCCAUUAGAAUUGAGAAUGUAUUGGGAAUCCAAGUGAUUCGUCACGAGGAGAAGAAGCCGGGCGGGCUCGACGAAGUGCUGGCACACUUUGAUCUCACUGACCCAGCCACACUGUGUAUGGUUGGUGAUCGACUUUUGACCGAUAUUGUUUUCGGGAACUUGCACGGUAUGUUAACUGUGCACUGCUUGCCACUUUGUUCAGGAUCAGAGAAUUCUAAGGACAAUUGGACGGCAAAAUUACUUCGACCGAUGGAGAAUAAAGCUUUA